AUUGGAUUUAAUUCCAUUCCUUCCGACCUCAAAAGGGUUAAUCGAAUCCAUCCAUGGCGAUGCUUAUCUUAAAUCUCUCCCCCAAAACCCUCUAUUCUUCCUUCUUCCCAUCGCCAUUUCCCUCUCUCUCAAACCCUACCCAAAUCAAUUUCACCGCCACUCUUCCACGGCGACGACGACGCAUCCUCACCGUCCGAUCCACCGGCGACAACAACAACAGUAACUCCGCCGACGGCCCCGACCGCCUCAUCUCCGCCAUCUGCUACUUCUACCCCUUCUUCGACGGCGUCCAGUAUGGCAAGUACGUUAUCACUCAAUACGCUCCCUUUCAGGUUCUGAUUCAGCCCUUGGUUCCGGCCAUUCGAGUUUUCAAGAGCUUUCCAUUGAAUAGUUUUUUGGUGUUUUUGACUCUUUACUUCGUCGUGGUUAGAAACCCUAAUUUCAGUCGCUAUGUUAGGUUCAAUAUUAUGCAAGCCAUUGUUCUUGAUGUGCUUUUGAUUUUUCCUGAUCUUUUGGAGAGGAGCUUUAAUCCUAGAGGGGGAUUAGGGUUGGAUUUGGUCAUGAGUUUGGAUAGUACCGUGUUUCUUUUUCUUUUGAUUUGUUUGAUUUAUGGGUCUUCUUCUUGCUUGUUGGGCCAGAUCCCUAGAUUGCCCAUUGUUGCUGAUGCUGCUGAUAGGCAAGUUAUGUGAAUUCUUCUUCACUUCUUUGAAAAUGGAUGAGUUUAAUUAUGCUUCUGCUAUUCUUCUUGCUGAUUUGUUGGGGGAAAUUUGGGUGGAUUUCUGAAAUUUCUCCUUUGGGGGAACUAGUUGUACAUUAGUUAUCUGUUUCAAUACACUUAUAGGAUGAAAUUAUUAAAGAAAAUCAAAGUUAGAAAUGAUCUUCAAUGUUCAA